AUGCAAAUCGCUGCUCUAGUUGUCACAGCCUUUGUGCUGGCCGUAAUUGGAGGCGUUAGUUCCGAAUGCUGUCGAACCAAGGUGGAUCUUUUGUACAAAAUCUCAAAUGGUGGAUGCGGUGACGUUGGAGGACAUAGAUCCGGAGAGUUUUGCAAAGUCAAAAUCUGCGCAAACGGCGAUGCCUUGGUGGGCACUUGGUGCGGAAAGGGAUCCUGCAACUGGUUCGGAUGCGCCUGCAAGAACGGAUGUGUGAGUGGCAACUGGACACAGGAUUUCUUGGCCAAAAAUAGACGAUACAAUAUCCAAAUUUUGGAUGCCAAAUGGCGGUAG